GCCCCGGGAAGAGGCCUGGGUGGGGCUUGUGCUCAUGCUCGGUCCUGAUUGGCUGGUCUAAGCAGCGCGGAGCUCGGCGGGAGUUUCGUGGAUCUGGCGGGUUCAGGAACGAGCCCCAUGGCUCUGCAUUGGCGGGUUAGGUCCCCGGCGCCGGCAGGUGCAGGAUAUUCAAAGAAUGAAUUGGGAAGAACACAUCCCAUGAAAGACAAAGCUGGUCAAAAGCACAGGCCUAAUGAUACAUUUGACUUUGCUGAUAAUUCUGACAUCUCAAGUAUUGGCAGCCUUGGUGAAAAUGAGAAAGAUGAUGAACCUUAUGAAACCUUUGAUCCUCCGUUACACAGCACAGCUAUAUAUGCUGAUGAAGCAGAAUUUUCCAAACACUGUGGAUCAUCCAUGCCUUCAACUCCCCAAGGAAAAGAAGGAAAGAAAAGCUCAAACACUUCUGAAAAUGAAGCAAGUGAAAAUGAAUCUAUAAAAAAUAGUGCAAAAAAGCCAAGAAAACUCAAGCCCAUUAGUGAGUCGGAAAGCAGUGAAGAAGAUAACGUAAGAAGAAAAGUUAAGUUGGCAGAGAAAGUAAGUACACAGCCACACGCAGCUGCUCCAGAUGUGGCCUCUUCAGGAUGUGCGGAGAAGCCAGCUGAAUCAGUCCCUCCUCAAAGUCUGGGACCCCUCAGGGACCAGUCCUCUGUUGAAAAAGAGAGUCAUGCAACACAAAGUCAACUGAAAACUCAGAAAAAAGGGAAAAUAUCUCCUGGAAAAAGGAAGAAAUCAAGAAGAGAAGCCAUCGAUUCAGAUACUUCCGAAAGUGUGCAUAUUUGGUGUCUAGAAGGGAGGAAGACCAGAGACAUCAUGGAAUUGGAUAUUGUUUUGUCUGCAUUUGAGAAAACCAUUGUAGAAUAUAAACAAAGAGUAGAAUCUAAAAUUUGUAAGGAAGCCAUCAACAAAUUUUCUUUUAAUAUUAAAGAAGAACUCAUCAGAAUGCUUAAAGAAGCCCACAUGUUGAAAAAUCUGAAAAGGAAGAAUGCUAAGAUGACUUCUGAUAUUGAAAGAAAAAGGCAGCGUCUCAUUGAAGUCCAAGAUGAACUUCUUCGGUUAGAACCACAACUAAAACAACUACAAACAAAAUAUGAUGAACUUGAGGAGAGAAAGUCAUCCCUUAGGAAUGCAGUGUAUUUCUUAUCUAAUUUAAAACAGCUUUAUCAUGAUUAUUCAGUUGUUCAAGAGAAAGAACCAAACAUAAAAGAAAUGUAUGAUUCAUCCAGCCUUCCAGCUCUGUUAUUUAAAGCCAGAACACUUCUGGGAGCUGAAAACCAUCUGCAAAAUAUCAAUCAUCAAUUAGGAAAGCUCCUUGGCCAGGAAUGAGAAGACCAGUCUAUGAAAUAUUACCUACAUAACACAUCUCAAACUUUUUUAAAAGUAUGACUUAAUCACUAAAAUAAAUGAAACAAGUUUGUCUUAGAAGCCAUAGUCAUCUUUCCUGAUAAUAAAAUGCUAAUACCUUAUUUUAAUCAGCCCCAGAUAUUAAAACCCAGACAUGAGUAUUAAUCUAUAAAUAAACUUUUAAAAUUA